UUUGUAAAAAUAAACUAACAACCAAAUAUUAUUCAGAUUCUAUAAAUACGAGAUGCCCCCACCUAUAUCGAAUCCCAACGAAUGGCAUCGAAACUCCAGGGCGCGAUUUGUGAAACUGGACUUCACUUUAAUUUAAAGUUUGUUACCGUUAAAUUAAAAAGUGAGAAAUUAUUAGUGACUUAAUUUAUUGAAGAAUAUAGUGCGAUUAUGGCAAAUUUAAUUUGUGUUCGUUUAAAUAAAGGUGACGCGCCAUCCUGGGGAUUUAGGUUACAAGGUGGAAAAGAUUUUGGAACACCUCUAGUCGUUCAAAAGGUAAUCGGCGGUUCCCCAGCCGAAAGGGCCGGAUUAAUUGCAGGAGAUACGGUUAUUAAAAUUAAUAAUACGGAUGUAUUUAACCUGCGACACAAAGAUGCACAGGAUGUUAUACUUAGAGCUGGAAAUGCGUUUGAUGUUGCAAUCCAUAGAGGUGGCUCUACGUGGAAACCUGCCGUUACACCUGUCGGUCCAAUAUCAUCUCCUCGUCCAGCAGCAUCGCUAAGUAAUAAUCUUUCACCAGUAACUCACACUUCUUUAGCAGCUAAAAAACAAGGAUCUAUUGACUCGAUUGGUACAGGUCACAACGUCUCGGCAAAACCAUAUCAUCAGAUUAAUGGUGGACCAAAGUUAGUCAACAAACAAUACAAUUCUCCACUACCAAUUUAUUCGGAACAAAGUAUAGCCGAAACACUUUCGGCCCAAACUGAAGUACUCGCUAAUGGUGUUUUAGGUGUCAACUUUAAGAAAAACGAAAAAUCCUACAAUGCAGAGAACAGCGAAGUAUUCCGUAUGGUCCAAGAAGCCGAUAAGGAACCUAGGGACUACGAAUCAGUAAACCGCCCAAACUUUUAUGCUACUCAUAGUCACGCAAUUGGUGGUCAGACAACAGCAGUUUCUACUACCCCGAGCGCUGAUCACAUAGACCAAGAAGGUACAGACUCUCGCCAGUCUGAACCUGACGAAAAAUCAAGUAGCGCUGCUAAUCAGCAGAUUACCAAAUGUAGUGAUUGUGAUAGGGUUCUAGUGGGAGUUUUUGUACGAAUAAAAGAUAAAAAUCUACACGUUGAGUGCUUUAAGUGUGCAACUUGUGGAACUUCAUUGAAAAACGUUGGGUACUACAAUUUGAACAAUAAACUUUACUGUGACGUACACGCGAAAUUAGCCGCAAGAAAUAAUCCUCCUGCUCCUAAUUUGCAACCAAUUACCGUUCCUCCAGGUGGUAAAAUUCCUAGCGGGACGAUAUCGGCGGCUUUAUCCUCACACUCACUACCCUCGCCAUUGUCUUUGUCGCCAAAUACCAAUUACUCUGCCGCUCCGUAUCAGUCGGGGCCGACGAGCUAUACGGGGCCGACGAGCUAUACGGCUCCUAGACCGUUCUCGAGCGUAGCGGCUCCCUUGUCACCAUCCACCUAUACACCACUUUCGCCUUCAACACCAUAUACAGGUCGAUCUGGUGUUAAACCCGGUGCACCAUAUAGAGAAUCUCGUGGUGUUCAAAAUACCGUGUGGCCUCCUAUCACCAACGAACCUGAAGUUCCCACUGCAAGUCCCCUGUACUUUCCUCCCCCAUCGCAAGUCCAAGCGUAUCAGAAGCUUUUAUUGGACGACGCCGAAAUUAGAUCGAAAGAGACUAUUACAGCUGAGGAAGAAAUGAGUUUCAUUAAAGAAUUUGAGCAGGAACGCAACAUGUCGCUGUGCUCAACUGAAGUUUACAACAUAACUGGUAGGCGCAGUGCAGUAGAAUGCUCCGAAACAAUUUCUGACACCAUUGAUCGACAAAUUCUCGUUGAGUCAAUCGUGAAAUCAAGACCCAAAUCCCCUCCUCCUAUAAAACCAAAACCGAAACCUGAUGAUGUUAGUGUGACCUUUACAAUUUCGGAAGCUGAUCUAAAACAAGGAACUUACAAAUGUAAAAGUUUGGAAGGUGAUGAAAUGAACGAUAUAAAAGUUGCUCCCAAAGAGACUUCAGUGUAUAGCACGAUUUCCGAAGUAGCCCCAAAGGAAGUGGCGGCCUGCAAGUCAGGUUCGUCUGAGGUAAGUGCAGUUAAAACGACGAAAACUUGCUUGAGAGAAUCGCACUCUCAGUCUUUGGCCUCGAUGUAUGAAAAGAAAGUGAAGGUUGAAAAUACGGUGCCCCACAAGUGGGAAUCUUCUAUGGUUACGGCAUUAACGGUCGCAUCAGAUAAACCAUACACAAAAAUGGCCGAAAUAAAAGAACAAACCGAUACAUUUUCGGAAAUUCCUACUACGACGUCAACUAGUGCCCUUGCCUCCGCGUUAGCAGUUGCCCCGGCCGUGCCGUUCACGCCCGCGACGACAGCAUCAUUGGAACCCAUUCCUUUGCCCGAAGAAACUAUUCCAUACUUUCCUCCGGAACAUCCCAUAAUACCUGCACCCACAGAAUCGACGGAGGAGAAAAAGGGAUCGAAAAAGGUUUACGGAAAGAAAAAGGAGGAAGUUGAUACGCUAUUCCAGGACCUUCCAACACCUCCAGCUGAAAAGAUCAGUAUGCUAGCGGCGCUGACGACUGCUCCUGCUAGACCUUACUCUCCCUUCGCGGCAGAAUCUGUGACAUUGACCGGAAAUACUCAAAAAGAAGUAACAUCCGAAGAAGCUAGGGCAAAAGUUGAAGUGCAAAAAACGAAACCGGUUGUUGCUACGAAGUCAUUGGAGGACUAUUCAUUUUUUGCUCAUGCUUCCAAGCCAAUUCUGAGAACUUACGUACCAUAUGCCAAAUUGGAGACGAGCGAAGUGACAGAUACGUCUACUACGGUAUCAAAAUUAGAGGACGAAAGCCGAACUGAACAUGAAACGCGCGAGGAACACGCUGCUGAAAAGUUGGAAGUCUCAAAAAACGUUCACUCCUCGGAAAACAUUACGAAUGUAUGCACCGGGCUUCCACCAAUGAUUCAGGUGGUAAGAUCCACUUUCGAAACCGGCACCGACAAGGUCCAGAUGGAGAUGUCGUGUCAGUAUUUAGGUGAAAACGUGCCUCAAAAGCAGAUCAUUGAAAGGCACACGACUACCGAUGUUAGUCAACAGCAAGCAAUGGAACAUAGAACAACUGAAGGACGUAAGACAUCUGAGGUGGUCCAAAGCAAAACAUCAGAAGAAGAACGAAAACUGCAGAGGACUGAGCAAUCUCGGCAAACAUUUGAUGAAUUCUCCGGUCCGAAGAAAACUAUACCAAUGGUGGACUUUGACGCUCUCCAAAACGUAACAGAGAGUGUGAUGUUACAAAAAGCGACGGCUGUGGAUCACUCUAAAUCCCAGCGAAGGACCGGCUCGACAGAAUGUAAGGAACGACAAACAAUUGCGCCCAAGGCGGCGUUGCCAGCCAUGGUUAACGUGGAAGCUCUUCCAACGUCCCGUCCAGUAUCAGAGACCGUAGUGAAAAAAGCAGCAUCUAGCUUUCAAUCCGAAGAUCAUAGCUUUAUGGCUGAGCAGUUUCGUACUAGUAAAGCAAAUAAAGAGCCAAUAACCGUCAUUAAACCUGGCGAAUCAAAUUUAAACGUACCCCAAAUAUCUUUCCAACCAGUUGUUGAAGAUUCUCGUAGCAGCACCACCUUCUCCCCAAGACCUAGAGCGUUGACCCCAAGCAUGAUAAAUAAACCACCACCAGUGCUGCCGUACUAUCAGGCCAGUUUAGUUGCACAAGAAUGCUCAGCCGUAGGAGCAAGCUUAUUUGACCCUACUAGCCCCGCUAUUUCGAGGUCCCCUUCGCCGUGUGUUGUACGACCGUCAUCGCCUUUUGUAACACCUUCCGCCGCCCUCAGGCCCGUGUCACCUGCUCAAGGUCCACCGCAUAAUCCGCUCGAAUCGCACAAAUCUCUGCACGAAAUCAAACACGAAGGAAAAGUCCAAGAAGCUCGCAGUCACGUGCAGACCUUCAUUCCGCAACAUCAGAGUAAACUGCAGCAUUCAGUGCAACAAUCGUACAAAGUGGAACCUCCGAAAGUAUCGGAAGUAUUCUCAGUGGGUAGCGAUAAAAGUGUAACAGUAAGGCAAAGUGCCAAGCAAGCAGAUCUUUGUGAAAUGAGCAAAAUGGAAAAUAAGAGUGUACAAUUCCAAAGCGAUGGGAAUGUACAAAUUCAGCGCAGAACGCAUGUGACUGAAGAAUAUGAACAUCAACAAAAAUCUCGAGUUGUGCAAAUCGAGAAACUGUCAAGUAGUACGAAACUUGUAGACGAAAAACAGGCGGUCGGUGCUUUAUCGGGAGGUCAGACUUCCGUUGGAUUUCACUUUACUAAUCCACAACCGUUAAAAUCUCCGUUUCUUGGGGCGAGUACGCCCGUGACCGAUGCACAAAGCAAAAUUCCGAAAAGAAUUCAGCAGAAUGACCCCGGUGCUAAGACUAACACUGUUAACCCGACCGCUUCAGCUUCUGUCCCAUCAGCUAAAGUGUGUCCCAACAAAAAUGUUACUAAGCCUAGUGUAUCCCAACCCAAUGCAGGCACAGGUGGAGGUCGACAAGCCGGAGCAAUUGGCGUCGCUCCAAAACGUGGUCGUGGAGUUCUUAACUUGGCUGCUGGUCCGGGUUCAAGGGUGCCAUUAUGUGCACAGUGCAAUGCUAACAUCAGGGGACCGUUCAUAACUGCUCUCGGUAAAAUUUGGUGCCCUGAUCACUUUAUAUGCGCAACGCCUUCUUGCCGAAGACCGUUGCAUGAUCUUGGUUUCGUGGAAGAGCACGGUCAGUUGUACUGUGAAUACUGUUUCGAGCAGUACCUCGCUCCUCCUUGCUCGAAGUGCAAUGCGAAAAUCAAGGGAGAUUGUCUCAAGGCAAUUGGUAGGAAUUUCCAUCCUGAAUGCUUCAAUUGCGUGUAUUGUGGGAAACUCUUUGGAAAUUCCCCGUUCUUCUUGGAGGAUGCCCAACCCUACUGUGAAACCGAUUGGAACGAACUAUUUACAACUAAGUGUUUUGCCUGCGGAUUCCCAGUUGAAGCCGGAGACCGUUGGGUAGAAGCGCUUAAUAACAAUUACCACAGCCAAUGCUUCAAUUGCACGAUGUGCAAAAAGAAUCUGGAGGGACAAAGUUUCUUUGCCAAAGGCGGACGUCCUUUCUGCAAGAAUCACGCUCGUUAAGCGUUCUACCUAAUAUUGCAAUUUGUUGUUAUUUAUGUUACUGUUAAUAUUCUGUUAGGUACUGGCAUAUCUAGAACUAGGAAGAUCAAAAUUCUAGAACGUCCUAAUUGAUAAUGAUAAAUAAGUUGCUUAUAACAUUCUUGCCAAAAGAAAAACAUUCGUUAAUUUUUGUCUGAGGACAUUCAAUAAGUAUGAAACGAGUUUGUUCCUUCUAAAUGUGUGUACUGAGAUUAUUA